AUGAACUGUUUAUCUCUACUUUUAGAUAAAGCAGCGGAGGAAGGAAAAUUUGGCUACCACUACGCCUGUAGAGACACAAAACUAACUCACCUGUGCUUUGCUGAUGACCUUCUGAUCUUCUGUGAUGGUUCCCUCCAGUCGGUUAAGAAUGUUCUUGAGGUUCUGGAGUCAUUCAAACAGCUCUCCGGUCUCUCUGUCAGCAUUUCAAAAACCUACUUCUUCUCAAGUGGUGUCCAUCAACCUGAAAUCGAUCAGAUAGUUUCUCAUUGUGGUCUAGCUAAAGGGAACCUGCCUAUUUGUUAUCUAGGCGUACCGCUCUGUACCAAGAAACUAUCUAUUGCAAACUGUGAGCCACUAAUCCAACAGGUAAAAAAUAAGAUUAAUAGCUGGACUGCGAAAUCUAUGUCCUUUGCAGGAAGGUUAUUACUUAUUAACACGGUGAUUGCGGACAUUUCUAACUUCUGGUGCUCUACUUUUACUAUCCCUAAGAGCUGUAUAAAAAUCAUAAAUUCACUCUGUGGAGCUUACCUCUGGAAAGGAACUGUAGAAGGGAACCAUUCGGCAAAAGUAUCUUGGGAAACAAUCACCUUGUCAAAAGCAGAAGGAGGGCUCAACGUUAGAAACAUGGUUUGGUGGAAUAAAGCUUGCUCAAUAAAAAUGCUUCGGCUUCUAUUCUUCAGAGGAGGCUCAAUUUGGGUGGCUUGGUUCAUCAAAAACAUCCUCUUAGGAAACCUCAGUAACCUUUGGAACCUAAAAGAAAAAAACUCUCACUCUUCAGCCACAAAGAAGAUUUUAAGGGUUCGAGACUAUGCCUUCAGAUGGAUAAAGAUCAUACCUCGCAAUGGAAGGAACUCGCGGUUCUGGUCAGACAAUUGGAGCCCCUUUGGUAACUUGAGGACGUAUCUUGAUCUCCCCUCCUCAACUAGCCUCGGUAUCAGGGCUUCUGCCACUCUUGAGGACCUAUACCAACAAGACCGCUGGCUAUUGCCUCACCCGCGAUCUGAAACUCAGCUCAAUCUUCACAUUUUCCUCUCAACAAUCUCACUCACUGACGGAACUGAUGAGUAUAUCUGGUCUCCACUAGGCUCUCCACUCUCUACCUAUUCCACAGGAAUGAUCUACAAUGCAAUCAAACAUCAUGAGCCGGCUGUUCCCUGGAGUAAAAUUGUCUGGUCUUCUCGUGGCAUCCCAAGGCACAACUUCUUAACUUGGCUACUGGUCUUGAAUCGAUGCCCUACUAAGGACAGGAUGCUCAACUGGGGACUGCAAACGGACCCUGCUUGUAUGUUGUGUAAUGCCUCUGCUGAAUCGAGGGACCACCUCUUCUUCCAAUUCCCUUACUCGUGGAAUCUUUGGACUGCCUUGGCAGAACGGGCGCACUGGUCGCCCUCGAGGAACUAG